AUGAUGCGACUUUUUCUCCUCUCUUCCCUGUUCUCUACCGCUCUGAGCAUUGUUCUCCCGGCUGAACGUGACACUGUUGCCUUCGAAGUCGCGGGGCGCGAUCUCGUCGAGCGGGCAGGUUCGCAUUCGACCUCGGUAACCAUGGAUCCCACGAGGCUCAGCUAUGGCAAUCUCAAACCGGCCGAUGUUAUGCAGCACCUUAGCGGUCCCUGCAACGACCAGCUCACAGGGUGUGAUUACGAAAAUACUGGAUCUCUGAACAUACCGUCUGAGAUGUAUGUGGACGCGACAACGAUUCCUAUAGCUGGAACCAUCAAACUCAAUCCAAAGGGAGACUUCACUCUCGGCAAUGGCUCGCAGUUCGUCGACUGCAUCGUCAAGAGUGUACCCUACGGUGCCCAGUGCAAGACUCAAUCAUGGAACCAACCCACCCUCAACCCAAAGCUCCCAGACCCCCCAAACUCCGUGGGCACGGCGUCAUUCUGCACCAUGAGCAACUUCGUCGAAUGCAGCAGGACGGAUACCGCCAGUGGCGAUUCUGCAGGCUAUCUGCAGGUCGGGGUCAGCUUCACGGCGGACGCGGGUUCCUCGUUCGAUUUCUGCAGUAUACUUUCCUUGUUCUCGGGUCUGACCGGCGUCCUCGGGCCCUUUUUUGGCACCGCGGCCUGGGCGUGUGACACCGGUUCGGGCGGUAAAUAA